UCACUUUUUCUUACAUUCUGAAAUUAAAAUCAACAGCAAAAAUAGAUAACAUCCGUGUUUUUUUUAUACCUUACAGUUUCAAUAGAUUAUUUACUAAUUUGUCAAAUGGACACAACAUUGUUAAAAAUAAUAUGUAAACAAAUAUACUGAAAAUUUCUGACACCGCGUUUGGAAAAAUAAUUGUGGUUUAUCAAAAUGGAUAAACUGACAGUGAUCUCUGGAACACUUUUCAUGGCUGCAGAUGUUUUCGCAAUUGUAAGCCUUGCAAUGCCAGACUGGAUAAUUACAGAUGUUGGAGGUGAUACACGUCUUGGAUUGAUGUGGUCUUGUAUGACACUAUACAACCGUCCUCAGGUGUGCUUCACUCCGGACCUACAACCUGAAUGGCUGCUUGCUUUAAUAUGCAUUUUCAUGGGAUGCAUCUGUAUAACAACUACAGUUAUUUUGCUAGCUUCAAGUCAUUUUGAUAGAAAUGUGAUUCCAUAUGCACGCUGGGUUGGAUUUGCAGCAAUGGUUGUGUUUUGUCUUGCUGCUGUGAUAUUCCCUAUGGGUUUCCAUGUUGAUGAGAUUGGAGGCCAACCAUAUCAACUGCCUAACAGCCACCAAGUUGGAAUUUCAUAUAUACUAUUUGUCCUUUCUCUAUGGAUUACUGUGAUUUCUGAGCUUUUUGCGGGUAAAGUCUGUUUACCGCAUUUCUAAAAACCAGUCCAUAUUUUGAAUGAAAAUUAGCUUACUAAGAAAAAUAUGUAGAUAUUGCCAGGAGGAUUGAUAGAAAAAAGUAGCAGUAUUGAAUGGGGACACCAUCCUAAAAAUUAAUAUAAAAAUCAUUUUUUUUAUCAACAUAAUAAACUGUACAAUGUAGAAUCUACAUUAUAAUAUUGUUAAGUAUGAAAUAACAAACCAAUGUUAAAUAUUUUAAUUA